AAUAUUGUUGGUUCCUUAGUUAAGUGAUAAGGGGGGGGGGGAGCAGAGUGAUUAAGCCUAGGGGCGCCAAAACGGUAAAUUCGCCACUGCUUAUACUUAAUAAAUCAAACGAGAGUAAUACUCGAGUUUUACGAGAACUUUUGAUUUUGGAAAAAAAUUUAAACCCGAUUAGUAUAAUGACUGAUUUUGAACAAGGUCUAAUUGAUGCAUUUACUAAUGUUUUUCCUGGUACACAAAUAAGAGGUUGUUGUUUUCAUUUUGGUCAAUGUUUAUGGCGAAAAAUAAAAAACCUUCCAGAAAUACGUCAAAAAUAUAUGAAUGAUGCAGACCUUAGCUUGAAAAUAAAACAGCUAAUGGCUUUAGCUUUUGUUCCAGUGCCACAUGUAGUGGAUAAAUUUGAUAAAUUAAUAUCUCAACAGCUUUUUGCAGUCAAUGAAGAUUUAUUAAUCCAUUUAAUUGAUUAUUUUGAAGAGACUUGGAUUGGGAGACCAACUCGAAGAAAUAUACGAUGAACUCCAAUAUUUGAUUUUAAAUUGUGGAACCAAUACGAUGCAACACAAGCAGGUUUACUAAAAACAAACAGUAAUAUUGAAGGUUGGCAUAGAGAAUUUUCGUCUUUGUUAGUUCAGUCUCAUCCUACUAUAUAGCGACUUAUAGAAGUUCUUAAAAAAGAACAACAUUUAACUAUAGUAAAAAUUAAUCAAUUUAUUGCUGUACAGGAACCUCCAGCAAAAAAGAAAAAAAUAUCGAGACAGGGCCCCCACAAGGGGAGAGGCUGAUGGACCUUGAGUACAGGAGCUCAGCUAUUUUAAGGGC